UCAGUGUCUGACGAAUUUCCCCAUGAAUCAUUAUCACUCAAUUCUGCAAGUGGUUCUAAUUUACUAUCGCUGUUCUCUAGCUGGUCUAAAACUGCUUUUGACCUAAAGGGACACUUUUUGGAUGCCAUGGGCGUUUCUCAGUUUCCAGGCAGAAGAAACUGUAAAAAUGCAGUCAGGGCACAGGACAAAGCUCUAGAGACAAAAUGUACAGGUAUUUGAAAUGGUUUGAUACAGUAAUGUUAUGCUAUGAGAUUUUAGUGUAUUGACAAAAAUGUCAUUUUUUAAAAAUUUCAAAUUUCCCGCCGGUUCCGCCGCCCGAACGUUCCGACGUCACGGGGACCGGAACACGGAAGCCAGAUGCCGGCAUCCGCCGGAGGAGAUGGACGGGACGCUGCAGGGGACCCA